GGACCAAACUACAAUUUUCAUGUUUCCGAAGAGUGAAUAGCAAAGACAAAAUUCCCCCCUUGCAUCAGCGCAACGCAAUUGACCUUAGAAGAACCCUAAUUGCUUCAGCUCUAUCACCAUCUUCUUCUCGAUUCGAUCCGAUUCGUGAAAGAAGAAGCGAAACAAUGAAGCUUUCGUUUUCUGUCCCGUCAUCGAAAUCCCAAUCAAAGCCCAAACCCGUCAAUACCUUCGACGACACUUCCACCGCCCAAAACGACGCUGGCGGAUCCAAACACCUCAUCACCGAAUUCGAUCCUUCCAAACCCGCUCCCUCCCUCGCCCCCAAAACCCUAAUUCCGCCAAUCGAAAACCAAUGGAAACCCUUUAAGAAGAUGAAGAACCUCCACCUCCCCGCCGCCGACCCCGAAUCCGAACCACUUACAUUCGAAGUCCACGCCGCCGACGGCCAACCCGACUCCGACGUCACCUACGGCCUCAACCUCCGCACCGACAAAAAAAAUGAGCAAAACAACGGCACAGCACUUCCGCCGCCGCCGCGCCGCGUUCCGGCGGAGAGCACGAUGCUGCAGAAGCUGAAGGACGACAUGGAGCGGCUACCGGAGGAUCAGGGGUUUGACGAAUUCAAGGAUGUCCCAGUCGAGGGUUUUGGCGCGGCGCUGCUUGCCGGGUACGGGUGGAAGGAAGGGAUGGGGAUUGGGAAGAACGCGAAGGAGGACGUGAAGGUUAGGGAGAUCAAGCGGAGAACUGCCAAGGAAGGAUUGGGUUUUGUUGGUGAUGCUCCUGCUGCGCUGGUUCGGAGUAGCAAUGACAAGGACAAUAAGGACAGGGAGAAGAAUGAGAAGAAUGAGAAGAAUGAGAAGGUUGUUAGGAUUGUUGGGGGAAGAGAUGCUGGGCGGAAGGGUACUGUUGUGUCUUGUAUAGGUGAUGAUUAUCUUGUUUUGGAGCUAUCCGGGAGUGAAGAGAAGGUGAAGGUGAAGGUGGGGGAUGUUGCUGAAUUGGGUUCUAAGGAGGAAGAUAGGUGUUUGAGAAAAUUGAAGGAGUCGAAGUCUCAGCGUGAGGAUAGAGUGCCGAAGAAGAAGCACGACAGGGAUGAGGUGGAGAAUAGAGUGGAUGUUAGUCGGAGAGAGGAGAGGAAAGGGGUGGAUCGUAGGGAUGUGGUUGAGGAGAAGAGAGUGGAUGGUGGUAGGAGAGAGGAGAGAAAAGUGGUGGAUCGGAGGAAGGUUUCUUGGCUUACUAGUCAUAUUCGGGUGAGGGUGAUUAGCAGGGAUUUGAAAGGAGGGCGGUUGUAUUUGAAGAAGGGGGAGAUUCUGGAUGUUGUUGGACCUACCACUUGUGAUGUAUCUAUGGAUGAGAGCAGGGAGAUUGUUCAAGGGGUAUCCCAAGAUUUUCUGGAGACGGCAAUUCCGAAACGCGGGGGACCUGUGCUUGUGUUGGCUGGUAAAUACAAGGGUGCAUUUGGGAGUCUCGUGGAGAGGGAUUUGGACCGGGAAAUGGCCAUUGUUAGGGAUGCUGAUACUCAUGAGCUGCUAAAUGUGAAGCUUGAACAAAUUGCGGAGUAUAUAGGGGACCCAAGCUUGUUGGGACAUUGAUUCUGUUGCAUCUGAUUCCGCGUAUGACUGAUUUCAUUAGGAUCAACAUAUUUGCAAAUUUCAUUUUAAACCAAUAGGCACUUAGCAAAGUUGUCCAACAUAUUGUAAGUCGCACUCCAAGAAUUGAGCUAGGAUGUGAGACUCCCGACAUGUAAAAAGGUUGUAAUAUGAAUAAGACUUCAAGCUCGUCGGAGUCUCUUUAUUGCACAAGAUAGCGAUCAAAGUUCAGCUUCGAGAGAUUCACUUUCUAAUCUUAAGAUGUAUAUCAGGUUCUGCUAUGAGUGAAUCUACCACGACUCCGGGUGAAACAACUACCAGAUCCACAGUGAGUAGUUGCUUCAUUAGAGCCUGUUGAUUCAGGCUAUUCUGUUGAUGAAAGUAGUUAAUGAAGAAAGACAUGGGUUUUGCAGAGCUGAUAGCCCUACCAAUUGGGGUAACCAAUAGAACGUGAGCUGACAAGCAGUAAAUACACAUGAUUUGUGAUUACUGACAAGCAAAGAAGAGGUUCCUCCAAAGCAAUCUUGCAAAGGAAUGUUCUCUUCCAAGUAUUGAUCAGAAACGAGGAUGAUUUGUUGUGAAAUCUCAAAUAAAUAUGAAAUGCAAAGUAGUAUUUGUUUUAAAUUUAAACAUUUGGUCCGAUUUUACAAAAUGCAACAUAAUCUUUCUUGAUGAAAAAUACAUCAUUUUUCAGGGAUGAUAAAGUUUAUAACAUUGAUUUAUAAUGA